AUGGGUUCAAUCGCUACUGAGACAAUUGUGCAACCGCAACAGCCUGAUAUUGGCUACCACCCGGAUUUUGAGAAAUAUCAGGCUCGAACGAAGUAUCGCCUGCAGACCGAGCCGCUUCAAGAGAAGAGCCUGCCAGCGGGCUUUCCAAAACAGUUGGUUUCCGAUCUGGUCUGGGAAGGAGAAGGGCUGGCCGACAAGUACGACUGGACCUAUGUGCUCAGCGCGGAAGAUGUCGAGGAACUGGAGGCAGCAUUGACACAUUUUAAAUCUCUGAAUAAACCUCUUGGGUACAUCAGUCAAGAAACCUUCCCCCUGCCCAACCUCCACGGCACGCUUCGGGAGGUGUCUCGAGAAUUGCACUCGGGCCAUGGCUUCAAGGUGGUCAGAGGCAUCCCUGUCGAUCGACACUCUCGCGAGGACAACAUCAUCCUUUACGCCGGUGUCUCGUCCCACGUGGCCCCGAUUCGAGGACGGCAGGACAAUGCUUACAAGGGACAAGCCGCAGAUGUGGUCUUGAACCAUAUCAAGGAUCUAAGCACCACCGCAGAGAAGGCCUCUAUUGGAGCCCCGGCAUAUACGACGGACAAGCAGGUUUUCCACACUGAUGCCGGAGACAUUGUUUCGCUCUUCGCCUUGAGCACCGCUGCCAAAGGAGGGAAGAGCCGGUUGGCCAGCACCUGGAGAGUGUAUAACGAGCUGGCAGCCACUCGACCGGAUCUGAUCGAGACCUUGUCGCAGGAUUGGUUUGCCGACACCUUUGGCAAACCAGGCCUGCCCUACUCGGCGCGACCUCUGCUGUUCUACCAGCCUGCUACCUCCCAGUCGCCCGAGCGUGUCGCUCUCCAGUACGCCCGCAGGGUGUUUACAGGGUUCGGGGCGCUGCCUCGUUCCAAAGACAUCCCGCCCAUCACCGAGGCCCAGGCCGAGGCCCUCGAUGCUCUACACUUUCUCGGCGAGAAAUUCAACGUCGGCUUGGACUUCCGAAAAGGCGACAUUCAAUAUGUCAACAAUCUGGCCGUCUUCCACGCCAGAGAUGGCUUUGAGGAUACUCCCGAACAGCAACGCCACCUUGUCAGGCUCUGGCUCCGCGACCCCGAGUAUGCCUGGGAUACGCCAGAGGGUCUCGAGGAGAGAUGGGCUUACCUGUACGAUGGUGUGACCCCCGAGAAACAAGUCUUCCCGCUAGAGCCGUAUGUCAGGAGCUCGAGCAACGGAGAGACACGGGCCAAGAAUUAA